GUUCCGUCCCGGCGCCCGUAGCGGGGCGGAGCCCAGGCUGCCCUGUCUCGCCAGCGUGUGCUGGGGAAGAGAGCGGGUCGUAAUGGCGGCGGGCAGCGCCAUCCAGAUUCCCAGCCGCCUGCCGCUGCUGCUCACCCAUGAGGGCGUGCUGCUGCCUGGUUCGACCAUGCGAACCAGCGUGGACUCGCCGCGCAACAUGCAGCUGGUGCGCAGCCGGCUCCUCAAGGGCACCUCGCUGAGGAGCACCAUCAUCGGCGUCAUCCCCAACACCAGUGACCCCACUUCCGACUGCGACGACCUGCCCUCCCUUCACAGGAUUGGCACUGCUGCCUUGGCAGUGCAGGUGGUUGGCAGCAACUGGCCCAAGCCACAUUACACGUUGCUGGUUACAGGCCUCUGCCGAUUCCAGAUCCUGCAGUUGCUGAAAGAGAAGCCAUAUCCUGUGGCGGAAGUUGAGCAGUUAGAUCGACUUGAGCAGUUUACUAAUCAGCAUAAAUCUGAGGAGGAACUCGGAGAGCUGUCAGAACAAUUCUACAAGUAUGCAGUGCAGUUGGUUGAGAUGCUGGAUAUGUCCGUUCCUGCAGUUGCAAAGCUGAGACGUCUUUUGGACAAUCUGCCAAGAGAAGCUUUGCCAGAUAUACUGACUUCUAUCAUCCGUACCUCCAACCAGGAGAAGCUUCAGAUUUUAGAUGCUGUUAGGCUGGAAGAACGGUUCAAGAUGACUAUACCAUUGCUUGUUAGGCAGAUUGAAGGCUUGAAGCUGCUUCAGAAAACAAGAAAGCCCAAACAGGAUGAUGAUAAAAGGGUUGUAGCUAUCCGUCCUAAUAGAAGAACCAAUCACAUUCCCAGCACUACAGAAGAUGAGGAGGAGGAAGAAGAUCAUGAUGAUGUUGUCAUGCUGGAAAAAAAGAUUAGAUCAUCCAGUAUGUCAGAACAAGCUCUUAAAGUUUGUCUUAAGGAAAUAAAGAGAUUAAAGAAGAUGCCUCAAUCAAUGCCAGAAUAUGCUUUGACAAGAAAUUACUUGGAACUGAUGGUAGAAUUGCCAUGGAACAAGAGUACAAAAGAUCGCCUGGAAAUUCGUGCAGCUCGAAUUGUUUUGGAUAAUGAUCAUUAUGCUAUGGAGAAGCUGAAGAAGAGAGUUUUGGAGUACUUAGCUGUCCGUCAGCUUAAAAACAACCUCAAGGGACCCAUUCUUUGUUUUGUGGGACCCCCAGGAGUUGGUAAAACCAGCGUUGGAAGAUCAAUUGCAAAGACAUUGGGUCGAGAAUUCCACAGAAUUGCCUUAGGAGGAGUCUGUGAUCAGUCUGAUAUUCGAGGCCACAGGUAACUACUUCUUCUUUUCCUAAUUGAAAUUUUUGA